AUGCUAGCUGGGGGAAGGAAAUAUGGAGAGACAAGCACCACGGAUCAUUCUCACUGGGCGGCUCUUCUUCGCGAAUGCAAGAGCUUGCCCCAGGCGAAGAAGCUCCACGCCGAGAUCAUCGAUCACGGGCUCUCUAGCAGCACCUAUCUCGCCAAUCUUCUCAUCCAGCUCUAUGGCCGAUGCGGCAGCGUCGCCGAUGCAUCCAGCGUCUUCUCCUCCAUGGCCGGGAAUCGCAACAUCUUCUCCUGGAACAUCAUGUUUACCGUGUUUGCCCAGCAAGGGGAUCUUGGCCGCGCCAGGGAUCUCUUCGAUCGCAUGCCCGAUCGAAACGUCGUGUCCUGGAACGCGAUGCUGGCGUGCUACGCGCAGUCGAGCCAGAUCGCCCAGGCGGAGCUCCUCUUCCGCAAGAUGCCGCAGAGGAGCCUCGCGUCUUGGAAUUCGAUGAUCGCCGCCUAUGCCCAGAACGAUCUCCCGGAGGAGGCGCUGGAGAUCUUCACGCGCAUGGAUCUCGAGGGGAUUUCUCCGGACAAGAUCACGUUCGUCAGCGCCGUGAAUGCGUGCUCCAGCAUGAAAUCUCUCUACCACGGCAAGAUCGCGCGGAUGAAGAUCCACGAAUCGGGGCUGGAAUCGGAUGUUUCGGUGGGCAAUGUUCUCAUCACGAUGUAUGGGAGGUGUGGAUCCAUCCAGGACGCGAGAGAUUGCUUUGACAAGAUCAAGGAUCCAAGCGUGGUCUCGUGGACAGCGCUCCUUACAGCAUAUGCCCAAAGGGGGGAUUUGCAAGAGGCGGCUAUGGUGUUCGAUCGAAUGCCAGUGAAGAACGAAGUCUCCUGGACCGCGAUGAUCACAGCGCACACCCAAUUCGGCCACGCCCAGCAAGCGAUCCUUCUCUUCCGGCGAAUGGAUCUCGACGGCGUCUAUCCGGACGAGGUGACCGUGGUGAGCGCGAUCGAUGCUUGCGCCCAUCAGGGCGAUCUCGCCAUGGGAAUCGCGGUCCACAGCGAUCUUGCGAGCAGCGGCGGGAUCGAGAUCGAGGAUGCCGCGGUGGGGAAUUCGCUGAUCAAUCUCUACGGCAAGUGUCGCAUGGCGGAGGAAGCUCUGGAAGUCUUCCAAUCCAUGCGCUGCCGCAAGAACGUCGUCUCCUGGACCGCGAUCGUCGCCGCGCUCGCCCAGAACAAGCGCCUGGAUCAAGCCAGGGAUCUCUUCAAUCGGAUGCCGAUUCGGAACGUAGUCUCCUGGAACGCGAUCAUCACCGGCUACCUCGACGACGAUCGCCCGCCCGACGCCAUCGAUCUCUACUACCGGAUGCGCCAGGAGGGCGUGCCCGCGGAUCGAGUGACAUUCGUGGCGAUGCUCGAGGCCGCCGCCUCCAUCACGAAUCUCGUCCUUGGCCGAGUCAUCCAUAGCCACACCCAAGAAGAAGGGAUCGAUGGGGAUAUUCUCGUCGGUACCGCGCUGCUAAGCAUGUACGGCCGGUGUGGCUGCACGGAGAUGGCCAUCCGUACGUUCCACGGUAUGCCGCCGCGGCACGACGUCGUCGUGUGGAGCGCGCUCAUUGCCUCGUUUUCACACUGUGGAAAUGGCGGGAAAGCACUGGAGGUGUUCCACGGCAUGCUGCUCGACGGCAUACUGCCCAACGGCGUCACGCUUGUUAGCGUGCUCUCCGCGUGUAGCCACAUUGGCGCCGUGGAAAAGGGCUGGGGUUUCCUGGCGUCCAUGAGCUCGGAUUUUGGGAUCCAACCCUCGGAGGAUCACUUGGCCUGCGCUGUGGAUCUGCUCGGCCGAUCGGGGCGCCUGGCUGAGGCCGAGGAGUUUCUCCUCGAUAAGGAUGAAGAAGGGGGCGGCCGCGGCUGGAAAUCGCUGCUCGGCUCCUGCCAGGGAGAUGUCGGCCGCGCGUCACGAAUCGCGGAGCUAGUCCUGAGGCUGGAUCCGGUGGAUUGCUCGUCGCACGUCACGAUCUCCAACAUUCUCGCGUCGGCAUCGCCGGCUCUAGGGUUUAAUCCAGGAGGAGGGAAAAACGUGGCAAUCUUUUAG